GGGUCCUCACCUCUCUGGGCAGCUACAACAAGUACAACAACAACUGUUACAAGGAUUGCGUGGCACUCUGCAUUCUCAACAGUGCCACCAGCAUCUUUGCUGGAUUCGCCGUCUUCUCCGUGCUGGGAUUCAUGGCUCACACAUUGGACGUGGACAUGAAUGAAGUUGUUAAAGGAGGACCUGGUCUGGCUUUCAUUGCCUAUCCCAAAGCCGUGUCCCUGCUACCAGGGGCCCAGUUCUGGGCCGUCCUCUUCUUUCUUAUGGUUAUCUUACUGGGUCUGGACAGCCAGUUUGUGUGUGUAGAGAGCUUGGCCACAUCCAUCACUGACAUGUUCCCUGGUGUACUGCGGAGGCCUGGCCGGAGAGAGAUCUUAGUACUAGUCAUCGCUGUAGUCUGCUUCCUACUGGGUCUGCCUCUCAUCACGGAGAAUGGGAUAGUCCUCUUUCAGUUGAUUGACUCGUAUGGACCCAGUGGGACCAGUCUGCUGUUCAUUGCAUGUUUUGAGUGCAUCGCCGUCGCCUGGGUCUACGGUGCGAACCGUUUCCUUGACAACAUUGAAGACAUGAUAGGCUACCAUCCUUUCCCUUCGGUGCUGAAGUACUGCUGGCUGUUUGUGACACCACUCAUCUGUGGGAUCACCCUGGUGUAUGACACACUGACCAGGUCAUCAACCAAUCUAAAUCUAGAGUACGCACCUGGGCCCUGGGCCUCCCGAGUGGCCUCUCUCCUCAUCCUCACCCCUCUGAUGUGUAUCCCUGUCUACAUUCUGCUGUGUCUGUGGAGGAAUCCUAAAGGGAUGACCACUGCGUCCAGUGACCUGCGCCAGGCACGGCCACACCAACCCAGACUCACCGUGUGUGAGCGUGUCAUUAUCGAGGGACAAGAGAAACCCCCCAGGAACGCAGGGGAUCGGGAUGAGAAGCUGGCCAUGGAGGAGAUCAGUGGAGUCUAGUGUUGAUGACAUCAUAGAACCUCGACCGUCAGGGUGCCGGACUGCCUGGUUGGUCUAUGGGUUGUAUUCAUUAUGGCGUCAGGUAGCCUAGCGGUUAAGAGUGUUGUGCCAGUAACCGAAAGGUCAACUGGUUCGAAUCCCCUAGCCAAAAAGGUAAAAAAUCUGAUGCGCCCUUGAGCAAGGCACUUAACCUUAAUUGUUCCUGUAAGUUGCUCUGGAUAAAAAUGUCUGCUAAAUAACUAAAAUGCUAAAAUUUGCCACCAAACGGAAGAAAAAGGACUGAAAAAGGAGGGACAACUUGAACUUGUUCAAUAAAAAAUAAACAAAUUUUCUAUGAAAUGCUUCGCUAUGCUCUAAUACAGGGGUGUCAAAGUCAAAUGGACGGAGGGCCAAAUAAAAAAUUUAGCUACAAGCCGAGGGCCGGACUGUUCGAAUGUUCAUUGAAAAAUUUUUAAAUGACGCAUAUAGUCUAGUGAACCUAAUUGAACCUACUGAAAACCUAACAAAUAUAUUCCAAUAU